AUGAGAGCAGAAUUGGAAAUGGCGGAAAAGAAAAUCAAAAUGGAAAAAGCCGCGAAAGCCGCCAGUGCGAAGCUGCCAGAGCUCAAGAUAACCCCUUUCAAUGGCACUCCAGUUGACUGGAUCAGGUUUCAGAACAUGUUUACAUCACAAAUACACGACAAACCAUUAUCCGAUGAAGAGAAAUAUGGAUAUCUUUUGGAGCUGGUGGCCCCUAAUGUGAGAAGUAGAUUAGCUAAUUUAAAGCCGGCUGCACUGGGGUACAAAACUGCAUGGGACAGGUUGAAGACUGAGUUUGGACAGAGUAAAACUGUUGUCGCUACACACAUGGAAGAGAUAAUUAACUUGCCAGUGACCAGAGGAUCAAAUUACGAAAGGGUGUGCGAAUUUUAUGAGAAGUUGAGCAAGAAUUUUGACGCAUUACAAACUUUGGGGGAGGGAGAGAUGCUCAAGGGUUUCGUUCUGUCAACCUUAAACAAGCUCCCCCAAGUGAAAUCCGAUCUGGUGAGGACAGACGAGGGGUGGGAAGAUUGGAACAUGGAAAAGUUGAUUGAUUCUAUCCAAAAAUGGCUCAAGCGCAACAAGGCCGAAGACAAUUAUUAG